GUUCACUACGCAACAAGAAGAAUUGUCAAAGAUCUCACAUCACAUCCUCUCGCAUUUAGGCCGACAGAAAGAGAAACACUGUUGAUGUCCUAUGGACUGCUGAGGAUCUAAAGGGAACAUUGUGUUUUUUUUCUUCUUCUUUGGAGCAGUAAUGGAAGAACUUACCGCGUUUGUGUCCAAAUCUUUUGAUCAGAAAGUGAAGGAAAAGAAGGAGGUGAUCACUUACCGGGAGGUGCUGGAGACAGGCUCGAUGAGAAAUAGGGAGAGCCUGUCGGUGGAACCGGCUCGCGAAGAGGUGAAUAGUAUCACGCGGUGCGGCGGGCGCUCAUCGCCGGUCAGGGAAGCGGACGUGGUGGUGUCAGAAAGAAGCACAGACACAAGCAGCCCCAAACUUACAGACGGUGACACAGACAUAAAGGAACGCAAAGAGGAUUGUAAGCCGAUGGAGGAUGAGACUCAGACUAAAAUCAAGCAGAGAAGGAGUCGGACUAACUUUACUCUGGAGCAGCUAAACGAGCUGGAGAGACUGUUCGAUGAGACGCACUAUCCGGACGCAUUCAUGAGAGAGGAGCUGAGCCAGAGGCUCGGGUUGUCGGAGGCCAGAGUACAGGUAUGGUUUCAGAAUCGACGGGCCAAGUGCAGAAAGCAGGAAAAUCAGUUGCAUAAAGGGGUUCUCAUCGGAGCGGCAAGUCAGUUUGAAGCGUGUCGUGUUGCUCCAUAUGUCAACGUGGGAGCUCUGCGCAUGCCAUUCCAACAGGAUAGUCAUUGCAACGUGCCGCCCUUCUCCUUUCAGGUGCAGGCGCAGCUGCAGCUGGACAGCGCAGUGGCUCACGCGCACCAUCACCUGCACUCGCACCUGGCGGCGCACGCGCCGUACAUGAUGUUUCCAGCACCACCGUUCGGUUUGCCUCUGGCGACGCUAGCUGCGGAAUCUGCUUCCGCAGCGUCAGUGGUGGCGGCAGCAGCGGCCGCAAAAACCACCAACAAAAACUCGAGCAUCGCUGACCUGAGACUGAAGGCAAAAAAACACGCUGCGGCACUGGGUCUGUGACGUCACACAGUCCCGCAACACAAUGUUGGCUUUUUAAAGUAAACAACAGACAAAUACGUUAUUUAUGAAGGACACACAAGAAUAAUAGGCUAAACUACAGGCUAUUUAUGAGAUGACACAAGAACAUAAACUGUGAAGGGAAACCUCUGCGUAGAUCCCUCCAUGAAUGGAGGGACGUGAACAACUACAAAAUGUUGUACUCCAAGACAACAAAAAGUUGAACUUUUAGUGAACUUUUGCAGAAGACAGUGGAUGUGCACAUGGGAAAACAAGAGACUGUUCGAGACAAGUUGAAUCUGAAAACAAUGAUAUAAUGCAGCUGGGACGAUUGUUCGACUGUUUGUUUGACAAUGCGAACAUUUCUGCUUUAAUACAAUAUUAAGUAUCAAUGAAAAUAAAGAGGCUGGCCUCGUUUUAUUUGAAACAAAGUUUCUCUGUGGAUAUUUGUCAACUAUUAGCCAACUACAUCAUUGAUCAUAUGAAUGGCGGUUCUCACUUUUGUUGCCAUUAUGAAAACUCCAGUACAGGCUACAUGCGUUUCUGCCCUCAGAAGACACGAGUCAAAAGGAACUAGUUAGCUAAUUUUAUGCUGUUUGAUUUCUGAGAACUGAAAUUUCUGAAAACCGAUAAUUUAGCCUACUUAUUAUUAUUAUCAUUGUAUAGUGAAAUUAGUCACAUAUCAUGCCGCUAAUUUCAACUACAUUGAUUUUCAAUUGACAUUCACAUACCAAAACACAUCAGGCCUAUACUAGGUGUAUUAAUCAAAUUCAGGCAAUAGACUAAUAUAUGGAACGGCCACAUGUAAAAUAUGUUAAUGCCAACAAAUAUAUUUUGUUAAUUGUGUGCUUCAUCAACACAUUGUAAGAUAUCUCUGGAAUUAUUUUCCUUUUUUUUUUUCCUUCCUUCAUAUCUUUCUCAGUAUGUAAAAAGAUGUGAUUCUGUAAAUGUAAGGUUCAUGCUUUUUACAAAGGUUACAGUAAACGAACAUCGACUGCGGGCACGGGUCUCUGAAAAUAAUUGAAUGCCCUCUACAUUUUUAUGAAAUCUAUUAUUUUAUCAUGACUGUGAAACUUGAGCGAUUCAUAAAAUAAAUUAAAACGUUUUUCUGUAAUACCCGCGUCAUGGUACCUAUAUACAUUCAUCGUUUUUCGAAGCCUAUUGUUUAAUUUUUCAUUUCACUAAAUAUGUGGAUGUGUCUUAAAAUGGAAGGGUUUAAACUCAGAAUCAUUUGAAAGUUCUUUUUUUUCUUUCGAGCUAUGGCGGUGUCUUAUUUU